CGCAGCGGGGCCGCGGGGCCGGGAGCCGGCAGCCGGGCAGCCCUCCCGGGAGCUACGCCGCGGCCGCGCGGCGGGGGCGCCGUCGCUCACCGGCCCAUGUCGGGCCCCCGAGCCCAGCGGAGGAGGCGGGACCGUCCGCGGCGGGACAGCUCUCUGAGGACGGCUCGGCCGGCCCCGGCUCCUCUCUCCAGCAGCUGUGCCUAGGGCCAUGGAGAGCCUGAGUGAACUGCAAAACCCCCUGUUGCCCAGAAGCCCUGCCCACCUGCACGGCGCCUACACCUACCCGGAGGCCUCGCCCAGCUGGUCCUGCCAACAGAAGCUCUACUCCUACCUCCUGGGUGGUGCUGGCCCUGCUCACGCCCACCAGCUCCUGGACCCUGGGUCCCUACAGCUGGCUGUGGAGGCCUGGUACAGGCCCAGCUGUCUCCUGGGGAGGGACAAGGCCAAGGAGCCCAGGGCAGGCAGCUGUGAGACCAGCUUCACAGAAGUCAGGGAGCCCCCCACGGGGCCCACAGAACAGUCCCCAGAGCCUGGGCACACCGAAGGGGAUGUCGCCAUCCAGACAGUGUCCUACGGUGUCCAUGAGGAGCUGCAAGGCCAGGACGAUGGCCAGGAAGAGGAGGAGAGUGAUGCGACUUCAUCAGAGAGCGAGAGUGAAGACAACUUCCUCACGCUGCCUCCCAGGGACCACCUGGGUCUCACCCUCUUCUCCAUGCUCUGCUGCUUCUGGCCCCUGGGCAUUGCUGCCUUCUACUUCUCCCAGGGGACCAGCAAGGCCAUCUCCAAAGGGGACUUCCGCCUGGCCAGCACCACCUCCCGCCGGGCCCUCUUCCUGGCCACACUCUCCAUUGCCGUGGGCGCUGGUCUCUAUGUGGCCGUGGUAGUGGCUCUGGCGGCUUACAUGUCCCAGAAUGGUCAUGGCUAGAGGCCGGUAGGCUCUGCCUCCUGACCGCCCUGGCCCACCAGAGGAAGCCGUGGGGCUGGCGGCUGCAGGCUGCACGGAGAACCCGGGCCCCUAGCAGAACUCCUGAGAGUGGCUCGUCACAGACUGGCCUCCCAGCCUGCAACCUGCAGAGCUCAGCCUCAGAGCCGGCCAGGGGCUCCCUCUGUAACCCAGGCUGCUGAUGGGAAGUGAGAGCGGACAGGGCUGCCCACCAGGGCGUCCCAGUAAGCGCAGCCCCGUCCUUUCGCCAGCCCCUCACCCACCCACUCUGCCAACUGCCCCACACCCAAGAAAGCGCAGGAAGCUCCAGUGAGGAAAAGGGGGCCCCGGGGCCCCAGCUCUGUCCUUCCAGCCCACGAGGGUCUUCACCUGGGGACAUCCUGAGCCUCCCCCAACUCUCCCUGGCUCCGCAAUGCCCAGGCCCCAGCCAGCCGGGAAGGAGACACGUGCGGACCCCAGCUUCCCGUGAGCAGUGCCCCUCUAUCCUGUGGGCUGAGACACCAUGGCCCUGCAGAGAGAAGGGGACCCUUGGCGUCCACGCUCUGAACCAAGGCAGGGUCUCGGAGCUUCUCUGUGUAGGUGCCAAAGGCAGAGGCAAUGACCGAGAGACCGGAGGGCCCUGAGAUACUGCUGGACUGCGUGAGCCUCCCCGCCCGGCCCCUGUUCCCCGUCCCCCUCAUCCUUUUCUGGGCUCUGCCUUGGGGGUCCUGAGCUGCUGCUACUCCAGGUAGACUGGGAGAAAGUGCCAGCUGCCAACAGCCAUGGGCACAGGGCCCUACAUCCAGCCCUGUGGGAAACGCAGCGAGGAGGAGUGAGGGGAGAUGAGGCGUGGCCUGCUGGGCAUCUAGGGGUGCUCAGAGAGGCUUCCUGGGGGAGGUGUCUCUUGAGCAAGGCGUAAAGGGUGAGUAGAAUUCAUCUAAGGGGUCUGUUUCACUUGGCUCCUUGUGUGUGUAGGCAGGGGAGAGGCAGGAGCACCCCGGAUUCCAGGCUACCUGGAUUCUGCCUGAACCAUCCAGGGUUCCACCAACUCCAAGAGGAAGGUUGGGGCUGCCUCUCAAAGCCUAGGGAUGUUUUCCCACCUCUAGACGCUAAGGACCGGGGUGGACCCCUGACCCGCCUCAGGGCAUUUUCACAGAUAUCCCUCCCCCUUCAGGGCUGCUCUCGACACCCUCUAAGAAACACCCAGAAUUCUAGACACAUCCGGCCACCAGGGGGCAGCACACUGAGAGGGCCGGCCUGUCAGGCCCCAGUUGCAGGACCCCACCAUGCACGAUUUGGGGACCUGGGCGUUCCCUCGCCCCAGCCAGAGCCUGGGGCUCCCCUCUCCCCCAUCUUGAGCCCUGUCCAGCCCUGCACCCUCUGCAUCCUCAGCGAUUUGAAUGCCCGACUAUUGUACUUAUUGAUCCUUGUAAUAAACGUUUCUGUAACACCUGGUGGCCUCUUGCUGUC